ACACAAAGGUAAGUACAAGGGAGCAGAAGAAUGGGAGAAGAGGUGGUCACAGAUGCGUUCCAACCCCAGCACUUUGUCUUUGUGCAUGGCGUGGGCCACGGAGCCUGGUGCUGGUUUAAGGUUCGGCACCUCCUUGAGGGCUCCGGUCACCGGGUAACGUGUCUCGACCUCACAAGCGCUGGCAUCGACCGCACCGACCCCAACUCCGUCCUCUCCUUCGAGGAGUAUGAUAGACCUCUCUUUGAUUUCAUGUCGGCCUUGCCUGAUGGUGACAAGGUAAUUUUAGUGGGACAUAGUGCUGGAGGGUUAUGCGUGACUCAUGCCAUGCAUGCAUUCAGUGAUAAAAUCAAACUAGCUAUCUUCCUUGCUGCCACAAUGCUUCCAUCAGGAUUUCUCUCAGAAGAAGAUAUCUUAGAUGGAAUCCCUGAUUUAGAAAAAUAUGGUGAUGUUUAUGAACUAACUUACGGUUUAGGGCGUGGUCAUUCCCCAACCAGCAUGGCUCUGCGCAAGGAAUUUCAACGCCGAAUUCUGUAUCAAUUGAGCCCUAAACAGGACUCCAUUUUGGCUUCAAUGCUGGUGCGCCCAUGGCCAACUGCGGUGGCAAAGGCAAAAUUUACAGGAGAAGUAGAGAAAGUUAACAAGGUGCAACGGAUCUUUAUAAGGACAGCACAUGACAACAUGGUAAAGCCCGAGCAGCAAGAUGCCAUGAUCCGGCGGUGGCCACCGAGUGAGGUGUUGCAUUUGAAGACUGAUCACAGCCCUUUCUUCUCUGCACCUAACCAGCUCUUCGGAAUAAUACUUAAAGCCUCAACUUGUAAUGUUAAUGAAUAAUUGUCAUGACUAGCUCCUAGUAAUAAUACAUAAAGUAGUUGUCAUAAUCUGGAAAACAAAGGCAUGAACCAGUGUUGGCAAAA